CAGUGCGUGCAUAACCUUACUUUACUCGGUUGUACGACGUUUAUCGUGGUUUUUAAAAAAUGGCAAAUCGUACGAAUGUUCUGUUAACGUUUGUACGCCAUCGACAUAGUUCGAAACAUUGGCUUAAGGAUGGUGUUCGAUACGGAAAGGUCACAUAUUACCAAAAAGACAAAAGUCUCGUGGAUCCUCCGAUUACGCCGUCGAAAGUCUUAAUGGUUCAUAGAGUAAAACCUAUCAAAGGCAAUCCAUGGUGGGAAAAGAAUAUACUUGAAAGAUUAGGCUUCGAGGAAAAAGUGAAACAACCGGUGUUUGUGAAGAACACGCCAGAAAUGUGCAAGGCUCUUUGGGUUGUGAAGCAUUUAGUAAAAAUCGUUCCUGUACAAUUGCCUGAAAAACUGCCAGAAGUAAACGAUUUAACGAACAUAUAUUUUCACGACGACGGAUCUGUUCAUUCUUAUGGAAAGCUUGAUUAUGUUCGUUACGAAGCUACUAUGAAACAUAAAAUGUCUAUGAAAAGAUUAAGUAACUAUACCAUAAGCGAGAAACUUAGGCUGAGGUGGAUGCAAGGGAAUCUCGUGUAAUGGGACAAAAAUUAGACUCUACGAUACUAAUUUGUGGCGCUGUAAGGUGAUAUGCUAUGUUAGGAAAUAUAAA